CCUCUCAGUAUUCCUGGCGUUUUCAUUGGCCAUGGCUGUGCUGUGUAAAGGAGAAGGAGGAGGCACACGGGAGAAGAAGGAGGAGGAGGAGAUGCUGACUGAGUGGCACGAAUUCCUUAGCGCUCCUCAAAUUUCUUGUUAAAAUCACGGACCUUUUGCUCGACUCGCCUCGGACAAACCUUUCAGACCAGCCCCACCAUCCACGAGUAGACUUUACCCACAGGAACAGCAGCAGCGGCAGCCUUGAACACAAUGAUGUUGAGAAGUGUGGCCGUUCUCCUGCUGCUGGCCGUGGCUCUUGGCAGCGCCGAGGAGCUGCAGAGCAAGAGCAAAGUAUGUGCUAACGUGUUCUGUGGGGCGGGCAGGGAGUGUGCUGUCAAUGAGAAGGGGGAGCCCAGCUGCCUGUGUAUAGAGACCUGCAAGCCCCACAAGAGGUCAGUGUGUGGCAGUAAUAGUAAGACGUACAGGAACCACUGUGAGCUCCACAGAGAUGCCUGUCUGACUGGCUUGAAGAUCCAGGUGGCCCACGAUGGACACUGCCAGGAAAAGAAAAAUGAGCAGGCAGCUGCCAGUCCAGUGGUGUGCUAUGCUGCUGACAGAAAUGAGCUGAGGAGCCGUGUGAUCCAGUGGCUGCAGACUGAGGUUGUCCCCGACGGCUGGUUUGUCAAAGGAUCCAACUUCUCCGAUAUCCUGCUCAAAUACUUCAAGUCCUAUGACAACGGUGACUCCAGGCUGGACUCCUCAGAGCUCCUCAAAUUCAUUCAGCACAACGAGUCGGUGGUGGAGAUGGAGUCCUACGCAGACCAGGAGAGCAACAAGCUGCUCAGGAGUCUGUGUGUAGAUGCCCUCAUUGAGCUCUCUGAUGAAAAUGCAGACUGGAAGCUGAGCUUCGACGAGUUCCUUAACUGCCUGAAACCUGGCUUCAAUCCUCCAGAGAAAAAGUGUGCCUUGGAGGAUGAAACAUAUGAGGAUGGAGCAGAAACACAAGUGGAGUGUAACCGCUGUGUUUGUGCAUGUGGCAACUGGGUCUGCACUGCUAUGACCUGUGCUGAAAAAAUUGGAGCAGAUGACACCACAGAUACUGGAGCAGAGAUGACGGAGGAAGAGUGGAACCUCCGUGUGGCUGAACUCAACAAGCACCAGGAAACAGUGGAGAAGAUGAAGGCAAGCACAAAGGAGGCCUAAAUAAGGACAAAAUGAAGGAGAGGAUUCGCGCCAUCGACCUUCGUCCAUACUUGAUUUACCUUGUGGCCGCUUGUCGUUGCUAAACUGACUUUACCCUGUUUAUUAUACAGUUUUACAAUGUUUAAAUGUUUGUGAUGUUGUUUGGUAGAUUCAGGGGCCAUCACAGAGUAUUAUAGGACUCCCUUGUGUUCAGUACUGUCAUAUUUGAUUGUAUUACUGUGCCCCUUACACUAGAUACGGGCGAUGUUUCUUUCUUCUUCUUUUUUUUUUUUUUUACUAUGGUAAUUAUAUUUUUACAAUUAUCCUCAGUGUCAUUUUAUCACUGUUUUAAGAAUGUGGGAGUCACUGUUUGAGAAGGUGGUGUGGGGUGGGGAGUUCCAGCUGUUGAAAGGUGCUGCUAGAGUACACAGAGAAAUGACUGCUUGAAAGCAGUUGCAUCAUUUUUCCAUCAUCAAGUGUCAGAGGAAGCUGCGAUAGAAGAGGAAAGCUACUAGGGGUUGUUUUAUUUUGAUGCCAUUUAGUACUGCCACAGUGGGCCACAAUGUGACCAAUGCACUUCUUUUAUAGCUUUUCUAGGCUUUAGUUUAGCAGAAUUUAAACUUUGCUUUUUAUCUAAGUGGUAUGGUAGUCUCUUUAUUUUCUGCUUUUAUGUACAUGUUCCCAUGUUAUGCUCAGUCAAGUCUCUCCGGUGCUCUUUAACACGACCAGUCCAACAUUCAGGGUGAGGCUGAAAAAAUAAAUUGCAUCAGGUGAGAAGUGAUCUGAACAUAGCAUGGUGAAAAACUGAAACCAAAGUGAUGACGUGUUUGAAUGAUGUACAAAAAACUCUCCAGGUAACACAUUACUCUGGACCCAGCAACAACACUAUACCUGUGCUUUUCAAAAUCACUCUAACAGCAGGACUAGCCUCACUGUAACCUUGUAGCUUAGAAGCAUCAUGACUGGGUGCUUGUGUGUGUGUGUGCGAGCGCGUCAUGUUUGUGUGGGGGUGUGUGUGAUUGUGCUUUUAAUGUUUAGUUUAAGUGAUUCUUUGUUUUGUUAUAUCUUGUUUCUGAAUCGGGAGGGUUUGACCAUGAAAAUCAGUGCCUUAGACCUGCAAACAGAACAAGGUCUCUACCUUUGCCUGCACAAAUACUCUCGCGCCACACGCACAGUCAGACUGAGUGUGUUUUGCCGAAGUUUAGCAGUGAACUUUGUGUUUGUGACUGUCCCUGUUAAAUGGCUGUGUGAGAGCUGCACCACUGCGUUCAAGCUAAACCUCUGUAUCCCAUUAAAAGUGCAGAGACUGCAACGAACAUGUAUGUUUGCCAAUAAAAUCCAAUACCACCACCAGAA